AUGGCUCAGGCGUAUGGAAGUGAACCCAGGCUAGAAACCAGUCUUAGCCUUCUCAGCCUCUUUGGGCUCAGCUCAACCGCCGCCAGGAUUUGUGGUGGAUUAAUCGCUGUUUUGAUUGUCACAGUUUUCAUCAUUCACUUUCGAUACCCUUGCCGCUCGCCCUCGUCUCUCACGAAGAUCGUACGUCAAGCGACAAGUUUGUUUCAGGAAUGUCUGGCUAUACAUGCAUUUCACGUAGGAGAAUACGAUGAUUUCAAGCGAAUACUUCAUCAAAUAACUGCCCGUGCCUCUGAAAUUGCAUCCAGAACACAUCCUAAUGAGUUGUACGCCCCGGGAGAAAGCUUGAGUCUCCAUGAUUAUUUCAAACAAACAUCGUUUUUAUGGGAGAGAUUGAAGGACAUCGUCAAAUGUCACCGUGAGGCACGGUUACUUCUACGCAACCUCGAGGUCUGUUUAAUGCGGGCCUCUCAAUCGCAUGCACAAUACCAACUGUUGCAGAGGACUGCUGACCCGGCGAGUCCUUGA